AUGAUCAUGAGCUCGUAUUUGAUGGACUCUAACUACAUCGAUCCGAAAUUUCCUCCAUGCGAAGAAUAUUCGCAAAAUAGCUACAUCCCUGAACACAGUCCGGAAUAUUACGGCCGGACCAGGGAAUCGGGAUUCCAGCAUCACCACCAGGAGCUGUACCCACCACCGCCUCCGCGCCCUAGCUACCCAGAGCGUCAGUAUAGCUGCAACAGUCUCCAGGGGCCCGGCAAUUCGCGAGCCCACGGGCCGGCCCAAGCGGGCCACCACCACCCUGAGAAAUCGCAGCAGCUCUGCGAGCCGGCGCCUCUCUCAGGCGCCUCUGCCUCCCCGUCCCCAGCCCCGCCAGCCUGCAGCCAGUCAACCCCCGACCAUCCCUCCAGCGCCGCCAGCAAGCAGCCCAUAGUCUACCCUUGGAUGAAAAAAAUUCACGUUAGCACGGUGAACCCCAAUUAUAACGGAGGGGAGCCCAAGCGCUCGAGGACAGCUUACACCCGGCAGCAGGUCCUGGAAUUAGAGAAAGAGUUUCAUUACAACCGCUACCUGACCCGAAGGAGAAGGAUCGAGAUCGCCCAUUCGCUGUGCCUCUCUGAGAGGCAGAUUAAAAUCUGGUUCCAAAACCGUCGCAUGAAAUGGAAGAAGGACCACCGACUCCCCAACACCAAAGUGAGGUCAGCGCCCCCGGCAGGCGCUGCGCCCAGCACCCUCCCGGCAGCCACCCCUGGUACUUCUGAAGACCACUCCCAGAGCGCCACGCCGCCAGAGCAGCAACGGGCAGAGGACAUUACCAGGUUAUAA